AUGGCGAUUUCUGCUUUGAGGGUGCUGGCGCUGCUCUGGCUGCGGGCCGGUCUGACCGACGCGCUGUCCAUGAGGGAGCUGGACCCGACGCACCAGCAGGCCGAGGUUGACACCAGCGUUGAGGCAACGAAUCAGGCUGAACAUGGUCGUCCUGAGCAGAGAGCCGUGUACGAGAGGCACAGCGACCUCCAGGACGCUGACGAACUCGAGCAGCACAGGCAGAUUUACCGCGGGGUGGGGCAGCUGCUGAGCGGGUCUCAGACCAUGCGCCACUCGAGGCACAUCCUGCAGUUUGUCAUGUCGCACCCUCAUGCCCCCGCGCUGCGCCAGGGUGGGUGCCUGUACCUCCCCAGCGACAAGGUCUGGGCGUCGUUCUACCAGCACGUGGAGCACCCGUUCCCGCCGCUUUUUGGCGAGAUGAUCGCCAAUUCGUAUUACCCUGGCUGCAACGAGACAUCGCUAUCUGGCUUGAGGCUCCCGCCUUCCUGCGGCCCCGGCUCCCUGCGAGGCUCCAGGGGCUGCUUCCACGUGACCAGCCUCGGCGGCACGGCUGGCGUCGAAAUCUACGAACGGGACCCACGGUGCCGUCGGGCUGCCGGACAAGUGGUCCUACCACAUCACGCACGCGAAGCCGCACAUCGGCGGGAGUUCCAGGGAGGGUGCCAUAAGGGGGGCCGAGUGCGGCCGUGA